CACAACCAAAACUGUCUUAUCACGCCACCAGUGUAUUUUACGUCGUGAGUUAAAACACCUUGAAUAAACAAAAGUGAUUCCAGUCACACUGCCCGUUUGGGUAAUAUUUUAAACCUCGAUGGCCUUUAGGCAUGUAGUAUUAGGAGGCGGUACUGGUUUUAUUGGAAAGCGACUGUCCAAAACUCUUAUUGCCAAUGGCUACGAAGUUACUACGAUCUCUCGUAUGCCAUCGGUAAAAAGCAUAACUUGGCACGAUCUAGAAAAGGACGGUUUGCCAGAAGGCACAUCAGCUGUUGUGAACUUAGCGGGGCAGAAUGUGCUAGAUCCAACCCGAAGAUGGACACCGGGUUUCAAGCAGAAUGUAUGGAAUUCUCGCAUCAACACAACCGCUGCAUGUGUGCGGGCAAUCGAAAAGGCAACGAUCAAACCGAGUGUUUUUGUCAGUAUAUCCGGUGUUAGCCACUAUGCUGGAGGACCUCAGAUCAAUACAGAAGAUACUGAAACUGUGGAAUUUGAUUUUAUGUCACGGUUGUGUCAUGAGUGGGAAAAAGCGGCGAAUUUGUCCGACAACUCAAUUUGUCGGUCGGUGAAAAUUCGCAGCGGAGUAGUGAUCGGGAGGGACGGUGGUAUGAUUAAGUCGUUAAUCCUUCCCUUUUGGCUUGGACUGGGAGGUCCUAUCGGUGACGGGCGACAUGAUUUGCCGUGGAUACACAUAGACGAUCUAUGUCAACUGAUUAAAUAUGCCAUAGAAAAACCAGAGGUUGCUGGAGUACUUAAUGGAGUUGCACCGCAAAUGAUAACUAAUCUCGAAUUUACAAAGGCUUUCGCAUCUGCCUUGAUACGUCCCGCAGUGUUUCCGUUACCGGAAUUUGUAUUAAAUCUUAUAUUUGGCACCGAAAGGGCCGUUUUACUAACGAAAGGCGCCAAAGUAAGUCCAAAACGAGUGCAGGAACUUGGUUUUCAAUACCAGUAUCCAGAUAUCCGAUCAGCAUGCAAAAAUGUGGCUAGAAUGUUUUAGUGAGGUACAUUUAUCUCUGCACCGAGCAUCUUCUUCUCAUUUCAAAGUAAGCAUUAAAAUAAAUAUUUGUUGAACAGUCAUAAA